AUGCCUGUACUCGAGUCUCUUAUGCUCGGUGAGAAGACAGCAGUUGUUUUUGAUAUAGGCUCAGUUUACACCAAGUGUGGUUUCGCUGGAGAAACUGGACCGAGGUUUAUUAUACCAACAGAGAUUACUUUGCCCACAGGUGAAAAAAGAAGUAUAUCCUCAUGUGAUGGAAAGGAUAAAAGACGAGAGUUUUUGACAACGUUUCUUUACAACAUAUACUAUCGACAUUUGUUGGUAAACCCAAAGGACAGACGAGUUGUUGUAGUUGAAAGUGUCCUAUGUCCUUCAUCAUUCCGUGAAGUUUUGGCCGACGUUUUGUUCAAUCAUUUUGAGGCACCUUCUGUACUUUUUGCUACUUCCCACUUGAUGGCACUAUUUACUCUUGGGAUUUCGUCAGCUGUUGUAUUAGACUGUGGUUAUAUGGAUGCUCAAGUUCUGCCUGUUUAUGAAGGUUACACACUACUAAACGCUUGGCAGUCAGCCCAGCUUGGUAGCAAAAGAAUUCAUGAAAACAUCAGGGGCUACCUAAAUGAGAAUGCCAAGUUGGUGGAUGUUAUCAAUGGGGAGUCGCAGUUAACCCCAUGUCCAGAUUGUUUUAUUUCGGAACAUAUCGUUGAAGAUAUAAAAGUUCGUACGUGUUUUGUUAGUCCACACAAUAGGGCGAUCCAGUGGAAGGCUUGGAAGGACUCUGCUGAAUCAUCGGUCACAAAGCCCAACUUGUAUCAGGAAACAUUUAUUUUCCCCCUAGACAAGUUAGGAAACGAAAGGCCAAUUCAAGUUGCAUCAGAUAUUCGAGAGUUGGCAGUCGAAUGUUUGUUUGCUGGAGACAAUGAUGAAAUUACAAUUACAACACUAAUUUUACGAUCAAUUUUGUUGGCACCUAUUGAUAUUAGAAGGAAGUUGGCAGAAAAUAUUGUACUUAUUGGUGGCACAACCAUGCUACCCGGCUUCGUAUCUCGUCUAAUGGAGGAACUCAAUUCACUUGUCGAACUUCCUGAGUUCUCAAAGUUACAAGCUUUAAAGGGAUCUUUUAAAUUUCACAGCCCUCCUGGUGAAGCAAAUUACGUAGGAUGGCUUGGUGGAGCAAUUUUCGGUGCUCUUGAAUGUCUACCAGGACGUUCACUGAGUCGAUCUUGUUUUUUGGAAAAUGGUUUAGUUCCAGACUGGUGUACCCAAAUUGAUCAGAAACAUAAUGAUCUUGAAAGGCAGGAUACUACCCGCCAGUGA